ACUGACGAGGUUUAUUGACCUGCUAUUAUAAAAUCCUACCUACAUAUAUCAUAUAAAGAAUAUAUGGUACUUUGAAUUUAAAUAAUGGAGAAUUUACACUGUGUCUCUGAACAGGAACUUCCUGAUUGGGCAAGACCAAAAACAAGCAAGACUCCAUCUGAAACAAAAUUGCAACUACUAACAGCAGCAAAGAAGUUUUUUUUUAUUAUUGGUACUUCACUGCUUGCGAUUGCUUCAUUUAGAAAUUCAGUCACAUGGCAUUUUCAGCAAUUCUGGGGAGCAUCAAAAAGUUUAUAUGAAAAUAUUUGGGACUUGGCAUUUCAUGGAAUUUUCGGUGGUCAUAAAUUCCUGUUUGCUACUGUUGGUAUAAAUUCAUUUUUGUUUGUUUAUUUCUGGCUGAAUGGAUUGUUUUUUUUGUAUUUGGACAUUGCAAAGCCAAAGUUUGCGCAAAAAUAUAAAGUGCAAGAAGUAAAUCAAUUAAAUAGAGAAAAACUAUUGAAGGCAAUACGAGUAUGUUUGAUCAAUCAGUUUAUUGCGUUAUGUUGUUCAGUCCCGCUUUACAUGUUAGGUACAUUACGCAAUGUAACUUAUGAACCAAAAGAACUUCCAACAUUUCAAUGGGUGUUGUUUGAAUUGUGUAUUUUCAUAUUAAUAGAAGAAGUGGGUUUUUAUUACUCUCAUAGGGCUGCACAUCAUCCGAGAAUAUACAAGCAUAUUCAUAAGAUACAUCAUGAAUGGACCGCACCAAUUUCGAUUGUUUGUAUUUAUGCGCAUCCUCUGGAACACAUUUUUUGUAAUGUUCUGCCAAUUAGUAUAGGACCUAUCAUUAUGGGUUCCCACCUAGCUACAGCCCUUCUUUGGUAUUGUAUCACUCUGACAUCAACUCACAUAGCACAUGGUGGCUACCAUCUUCCGUUUUUACCUUCUCCUGAAGCUCAUGAUUACCACCACCUAAAGUUUGUGAACAAUUUUGGAACACUGGGUGUUUUAGAUAGACUUCAUGGUACCGAUAAUUUAUUCAUCAAGACAAAAGCUUAUGAUCGACACAUUAUGUUAUUGGGUUUAGCUCCUGCCAAAGAAUUAUUUCCUGAUGACAAAAUUAUUAAAUCCAAAUAAUUUAUCUACAUUGGUUUUUAUUUAUAAGUUAUGUGAUGUAUGUAAUGUAUGUAAUUUACUUUUUGAAGACAGAGUCUAGAACUAGCAGCGUUAAAGCUGCAUGAUCUUAUUUUAAAAUGGAAUAACUUAAUUAUUGAUAAAAUUAAAUAAAUUUUUUUUUAAUAUAAUACUUUUAUUACAAACAAUACAAUAUAACAAUACAAUACAAUAUAGCAACUAACAAACUAUACCUUUUUAUGUACAUUUUUUUGUGGUUCAAAGACCAUUG